AUGCUGACACCAAGAAAGCAAACGUUGGAUCUUCUUAGCUACAUCUUCCUGGCAUCCAUGGUGGCCAAAUGCAGUCAGUAAUGUCAAAAUGACAAUCACCGUCCAGAGCACACCGACAUCUCUGUUGAUUGUGGUACAAAGUCAAUCAGCCUAGUGAUACAAAUCUGUCCUGUGGUCUACUCUGGCUACAACGAGUCACCGCUCAUCCUCAACCACAUGUUUGACAAGUCAGAGUGUAAGCUGGAUGAGUUUGUCAUCCCGCCUGCUGUCAGGUUCACCUUCCCCAUCAACAUGACUGAUGCUUGUGGCAGUACCUUCCUGACCACCAGUGCAGCUGGCACAGGGAUCUUUGCCAACUUCUCCAACAUCCAGGCCAUUAACAUCAGUGGUGAGGUGCGCUCCCAUAAUUCAACCACAGGGGUGGUCACCUACAACACUGAGCUCAAAUAUUACUAUUCCUGUGCUUACCCUCUGGAGUAUUUCAUCAACAACACCCAGGUGGAAGUUUUGGCAUCUUCUACUGCAGUGAGAGACAACAAUGGGAGCUUUAACAGCACUCUGAGCAUGGACCUCUCACAGGAUGUCAACUACACUUCCCCGCUGGUGAUACCAUCCACAGGUUUAGAGCUGAGGACCAACAUCUAUGUCCAGGUGCAAGCAUCAAACCUGACCAAUCAGUACCAUGUCCUCUUGGACCGCUGCUAUGCUUCCAUCUCACCUUAUCCAACCAAUUCAACUUUCUUCAACCUCUUGGUUUCCUGCUCCAAAGACCAGACCAUUCAUGAGAACGAGGAGAGCCACUACACCCGCUUCUCCUUCUCUGCCUUCAGAUUCGUAGAACAACAGAACCAGACGGUGUCCACCUGCUACCUUCACUGUAUCACCAGACUCUGUGAGAUCAGCACCUGCCUCCACUUCAAGAAAUGCAACAACAGGAGGAAAAGAUCAGUCCAUGCCACUGGAGUUUCAGAAGCCACCACCCUGUCCUCAGCUGUUCCCAUCGUCACCAGAAAUGACAACUGGGGUGGAUCACCCCCUAAACAGCUGUUGCAGGUGGCAGACACUGUGUUUAGUGUGUUGGGAAAGUCCGACGCCAGUAUCAAGGAGGGCGUUGAUAGCUCCUUGAUUCAGCUGGCAGAACCGUGUCAAAGCUCAGAGCCAACAGAUGAACCGGAGCCUUCCACAUCGCAGGCCCACGUUCAGCCUGAGACGGCUCCUGCUCCUGCUCCCUCGCCAACACCUUCCCUGCUGGAGAAGAAAUUGGAGGCUGAUAUGGAUGUGCUCAAACAGCACAAAAAGGUCCUCCUUCUACCGGAGGAGUACUACUGA